CCAUGGGAGAGAAUGCUGGUACUGAUCAUGUCAAGGAGAAUCUGGGUCAGCUGAGCUGUCACUUCACGUGGACACUGCUGUUUGAAGACGUUGACAUACCUGAUUUGGAAAUGAGAAUCUUGGAGCAGGUCGAGUUUCUAGACGUCAAGAGCCCAGUGGGGAUGCACAACAUCCUGGCCUACGUGAGACACCUGAAAGGCCAGCAUGAGGAAGCCCUGCAGAGCCUGAAAGAAGCAGAAGCCUUGGGCCAGAGAGAGCAGUUGGGCAAGAGAAGCCUGGUGACCUGGGGCAACUGUGCCUGGGUGCAUUACCACAUGGGCAGCUUGGCAGAAGCCCAGAGCUACCUGGACAAGGUGGAGAAUACUUGCAAGGAAUUUGCAAGUCCCUUCCGCUACAGGAUGGAGUGUGCCGAGAUGCACUGUGAGGAAGGCUGGGCCUUGCUGAAGUGUGGAGGACAGAAUUAUAGACGAGCCAUGGCCUGCUUUGCAAAAGCUCUGGAAGCUGAGCCUGAAAACCCCGAAUACAACACUGGCUAUGCCGUCGCUGCCUAUCGUGAAGACUUCGAUGACAAUAAUAUUUCUCUGGAACCCCUGAGGAAGGCUGUCAGGUUAAAUCCAGAAGAUCCGUAUAUUAAAGUUUAUCUUGCCCUGAAACUUCAGGAUGUAGGAGAAACAGAUGAAGCAGAAAGACACAUUGAAGAAGCCCUCAGCAGUGCAUCCUGUCAAACCUAUGUCUUUCGUUAUGCAGCCAAGUAUUACCGAAGGAAAGACUGCAUAGACAAAGCUCUCGAACUUCUAUAUAUGGCCUUGCAGACAUCACCUGAGUCUGCCUACCUGCAUUUCCAAAUAGGGCUCUGUUACAGGCAACAAAUGAUCCAACUGAAGACAUCCAGAAGGCAGGGCAGCAUGCAGGAAAUGGCACAACGGGCCAUUUCUGAGUUUCAGAAGACAGUGGAACUGAGGCCCAAGUUUGAUGUAGCUUAUGUUUGCUUGGCUGAAGUGCAGGCAGAAAUUCGCCAAUAUGAAGAAGCUGAGGCAAAUUUCCAGAUAGUGCUGGACAUGCAGAACCUUACAAGUCACAGAAAACAAGACAUCCAUCUACGCUAUGGCCGUUAUCAGCAAUUUCAUCAAAAAUCAGAAGACAAGGCGAUCACCCACUACUUAAAAGGUCUAAAAAUAGAAGAAACGUCCUAUGCCCGGAGGAAACUACUCAUAGCUUUGGAGAAAGUGGCUAGCAGAUGGGUUCAGCAGAAUGUUCGACCUGUGGAGAGCACCAGCCUCCUUGGGUUAGUACACAAGCUGAAAGGGAACACGCACGAGGCCCUGCUAUACUACGAGAGGGCUCUGAGGCUUACUGGGGAGAUGAACCCUGAGUUCUGAAUGCAGCUCACCUCUGUGAGCUGAGAUUCCAUCCCUCCUAAGUGACUGCUUUCCCCAGACCUGCAUACUUGCUGGAAUCCAAUCCUAAAUGCAUUGGCUCCUGCAACCUCUUUCCCACCCUCAUUGUCCUCUCUAGGAGGAACUUCUGUCCCCACUACACCUGCUCACUUAAUGGUGGCCAGGACUGACUCCUGCUGUUCUCAAUGCUUCGAGUCCUGUCACAAACCUUUUUUCUUAUAUCUAUGCUGUUAGAAGAAAGUCUUCAUCCUCUUGCUGCCAGUGUCCUGGACAAAAAGCUCGUUUCCAAUCAGAAUUGAAAUUUGAUCAUCAGAAACUCUUACUUUAGUACAACCACUGAGCAAAAGAAAUGAUCAAAGGAGAGUUUGAAAGCAGGAGAGGUCUCACAGUCCUGGCCAUCCAUUCACAGCUAAUGAGAGACUUAAGUGUGGGCACAGUAAUGCAAGGAAAGCUUGCUGGGACCUUACAGACUGAAGAUGACAUGAGAAGUUUGCCUGAUUUUUUUCUGUCCUAUUGAUAGCGUGUUAUGUAUAACAAUUUUCCCUCCACUAAAAUAAAUAUAUUAAAAUUUAUGGGAAUCACAA